UUUGAACUUCCCAAACACCAUCCGUCGGCUCCAAUACAGACCAGCUCCAUUUCAACUGUGAGGAGUAUUUUACGAUCGAGACCGCGUACGGAAGCCAGCAUCAAGGGCAUAUCGUUACCCGGUCCAACUAUUCCGUCAAGCCUUUGUCAAGAUGUUGGCCAGCAACCAGGCCGAGUGUGCUUUAGCACCCGCUCAGAAAGUGGAACUUUUAAGAAACCUGGAGGUAGAACUGGACCUACGACGCCGACAAUUCGAAGAAGAAACACGCCGAUUGGAAGAGGAUCUCAUCCUUCGCUGCGAGGAAGCUUGGGUCAGCUUACCCAUGGAGCUGCGCCAGCUCGCUGUGGGCGAUUUCGUCACUCAGUAUGCCGGGGAUGUGCAAAUAUGGAAGAAGAAACUCUUUGCGUCGAAAAUGAAGGACUUUAGGGCUGGGAAGGACAGACUAGAGUCGGAUUAUGAAUCGGAUAGCAAUGCCUCAGUAUCUCAGAGCGAAGCGAUGACGUUCAGCCAGGACCUUCCCCAGACACCCGCCACAUCACGAGCACAACAAUCCACAAACACCGACACCCGAGACUCCCUCGCCUCCGUAUCCACAGUCAGCUCGCGUCGCAUGACACUCCGCUCCUACACCCGGAAAGAUGCAACCGACACAGCACCGCCGACUCCACGAGUUGCUGUUCCAAUCCGCAAUGGAACUAUGGUGUGUGAUUUUGAUCCGACGCAGUUUGAGUCGGUGGAGGAUAUGCGGGAAGAGUUGGGAGAAGAGUGUGAUGAGGCAUUGGAGAGUAUCAAGGCGAUGCAUAAUCAGCUGAGUAGGCUUCUUGGGUUUUGAGUGAGCAUACCUCGCCAGUGAAUUGGCGAGUACAGCUGGGACAAGGCCUUGGGUAUUCGACAAGGAUGUGCAACCUGUGAGGGGAACACCGCUCGCCCAACAUGUCCUUUCUGGGAACAUGGGUCAUGAUUCGGCGUAACUCAGUGUCUGAAUCAUUGCGGAUAGAUUAGGU